GCUUGUUGCUCCGCCCCUCUUGUUUGUCGUAAACCUGGCGCCUGGCUAGAGUCAACCCAAGAUAAGAGCGUCCAAGGCUCCCCUCCUUCUCCAAGGCGAUCAAUUGGAUAUCUGACGGACCCACAAGUACUCUUGUAGGUGUCCUGCAGCAGAGAAACAGCACCACGGUCGGACUUGUUCCGCCUUCAGCCAAAUUCACCUGCGGGCUAAACCAUGUCAUUGAGCCCAAAGCACUCAACUCCUUUCUCAGUGACAGAUAUUUUAAGCCCGAUCGAGGAGACCUACAGAAAGUUUGGAGGCAUGGACGGUACAGGAAACCUCGCAUCUUCUCUGUGCGCAUACCGACAAACUCAGGUGUCUCAAACCGGCAUGCAGCAGCACUCCAUGGGCCAUAACACCGGAGUGGCGAGCGCCUAUCACAUGCCACACAGCGUCUCUCAAUUUUCCAGUGCCAUAGGAGGCUACUGCAACGGAAGCAUCGGUAAUAUGGGAGACCUCCCGUCUUACCAAGACACCAUGAGGAACGGCGCAGCAGCAACUGCAUGGUAUAACGCAAACCCCGAACCACGCUACCCAACAAUUUCUAGAUUCAUGGGAGCUUCCACUGGGAUGAACAUGACCGGGAUGGGGACCUUGGCAGGGAUGGACGCCACCAAAUCCAUGGUCACCUUACACUCUGCGCCCAGGAGAAAACGACGGGUGCUGUUCUCUCAGGCCCAGGUGUACGAGCUGGAAAGGCGCUUUAAGCAGCAGAAAUACCUGUCGGCGCCCGAGAGGGAACACCUGGCGAGCAUGAUCCACCUGACGCCGACCCAGGUCAAAAUUUGGUUCCAGAACCACAGGUACAAAAUGAAACGCCAGGCAAAGGACAAAGCGACCCAGCAGAUUCAACAGGAGAAUGGCAACAUGUGCCCACAGCAACAGUCACCGAGGCGGGUAGCAGUCCCGGUUCUCGUGAAGGAUGGCAAACCCUUCCAGAACGGCUCAAGCACACCGACGUCUGGGCAUCAGCAGGUGCAGCAGCAGCAGAACGUGUCCGGUGGGGCGAUGACAGCUUCGGCCAGUGCGGUGGUCAAUCACCAGGUGAAUCAUCCGUUAUCCUCCGCCGAAGAACUGGAGGAAAUGUCCCCCAGUUCCCCUAUUCUACACAGCCAUAUUCACAUGGCUCAGACAGACGCGGCUCUCAUCGAAUACACCAAUAACAUGGUCAGUUCAAACCUGCUUUAUGGCAGAACUUGGUAGAAGGGAGAAAUCUGCUAUUUUACAUUUUCAUUCUGGAGAACACGUCAAGUGGAUUUUAAGACGAACAAAAACAUCGGGAAGGACAGUGGUCGUUCGUGACAUGGACAACAAAAGCACCACAAUUCCUUGACAUUUGAGAGGUGCAUAGUGCACCUAUUUUUAAGAAAGUCGACCCUGCGUGUUUAAUUUUGAUUAAGAGCAUUUGAUAAAAAUGAGACUCCAAGCACUCGGUGACGGUGUGAAGGGAGUGAAGUUUUAUUUGUUGGAAUUAAAUUCUUUACGGACACAUUGAGUGUAUCAGGUCAAAGUAUUGUAAUAUUUCGAUUAAUGAACCUGAACAGUAUAUAGUUAACAGAAAUAUUUCAUGUGACAGUAUGAUUCUUGUUUUUAAAACGAAAUGUUUAUCAUUUUUUGUAAAUUACAAAUGUUUUUGCUGCUGCAUAGCAUACAUAUAUACACAUCACAAUCCAGUUGAACCAACAAUAAAUCGCUUGACAUGUAAGCAUUUCUGCUUAUUCAUCUGGCACAUGGGGACGAAGCGAAUUUUACCGGUACAUUAUAGCACAAUUAUGAGUUUGACGUUGGCCUAAUAUAAUUAAAUUACAAUUAUUGUAAUUUACAUCAUUGUUAUUAGUUCUUACCACCCAAUUAAUGAACAAAAAACAGAUUCAAUAAAUAUAAAUUCCAAUAUUUGUUGCCGUUACAAGCAGGCCUGGUUAAGUGGACAUAAAUAUUUAAGCACGUAGUCUCCAGCAUGACAAAGUCCUAAAAUGCAAGACUAUUUGCAGGAUAUUUAAAUUGGGCCUCUGGACUGAGCAAACAAUGUAAGACAAAGAUGAUGAAAGGCCAGAAUUUCGAACUACUGUAACAACUGAGCUCAAUUAAUGUUUCAAAUUUUAAAUAAAUAUAAUUUGUUAUUCGUUGGCUCAGUGAUUUGAACAUUUGAAAUAUAAGCAAAUAACAUGCCAACUAUUACUGUGAUAAAUUAGCCUACUUUAUAAUAGAGUCCGAAUUAAAUAAAGGGGCACUGAAUUGAGACCAAUAAAAUAUAUUUAGAGGACCAUAAAGUUAUUUAUGUACCUGUGAAAAUGGGAAACUGAUUUAAUAAAACAAGAGCCUAAUCAGAAACUAUAUUUUAUUUCCCAUGUAAUUAUAUCUCAAAGCCUCUAUGCAACUGCCAUGGAGUUUGUCAAUACAAGGAACUUUGAAUUGACAAAAAAACAUUCAAACAUAAUAAAACCUUUGUCUAAAGAUGUGCCAUUAACUCAUGUUAAAUUUUUCGUUUACAGAUAUUUUUCUAUGAAUGCUUCACAUCAGAAAGCUUAUGGCGAUUGUGAGGACUGAAAGAGGAAUAUGAUUAGAAAAAAGUAAGGUAUAUGUGAUGCAAAGAGCUGAAUAGUUUAAUUUGGCUACAUUUAUGAAAAUGUGAAAUAAAAUUAAGCUAAUCUAAAUUAGAGGGGGCAAUAUGAACUUGACAAACUGACCAUGACACAAUUGUCUUUUGACUCACUUGUAUUUCACAAGUUUUACAGGCAUUAUUCUUAAAAA